AUGAAGACAGGGGCCCAGGUUUGGAGGGCACUGGCAAAGUCAUGUCUUCUUUGUGCUGCCCUUGGAUGUCUCCAUCUCCCUGGUGCAAGAGGUGAGAAGCCAGAUUUCUUUGAGACAAAUGCAGUCAAUGGAAGCCUUGUUAGGAGCAGACCAGUACGGAGUGUGGAUGUCACCCCAGCACCUACUGACUGUCAACUAUCCACCUGGUCCUCCUGGACUGCAUGUGACCCCUGUCAGAAGAAAAGGUACAGACACACUUACUUGCUCCGGCCCUCUCAGUUCUAUGGGGAACUGUGUGACUUCUCCGACAAGGAAGUUGAAGACUGUGUUACCAACCGAGCCUGCAGAAGUCAAGUACGAUGUGAAGGCUUUGUGUGUGCACAGACAGGGAGGUGUGUGAAUCGCAGACUCCUCUGCAAUGGAGACAAUGACUGUGGAGACCAAUCAGAUGAAGCCAACUGUAGGAGGAUUUAUAAAAAAUGCUCACAGGAUAUGGAACAGUACUGGGCAAUUGGCAAUCUGGCCAGCGGGAUAAAUCUGUUCACGAACACUUUUGAGGGCCCAGUUCUCGAUCACCGGUAUUAUGCUGGCGCUUGCUCCCCCCACUACAUCCUGAACACCAAUUUUAGGAAGCCAUACAACGUAGAGAGCUACACCCCACAGACCCAAGGCAAAUAUGAAUUUGCACUUACAGAAUAUGAAUCCUAUUUCGAUUUUGAACAUAAUGUGACAGAAAAAGCAACCAGCAAGUCUAGUUUCAAGUUUGGUUUUAAACUGGAUGGCCUGGUUGAGUUUGGAGUGAGAAAAGAAAGCAACGAGGGCAGACAUUACAUUAGCAGAACCAAACGGUUCUCCCACACUAAAAGCAAGUUUCUGCACGCGCGCUCUGUCCUUGAAGUGGCGCAUUACAAGCUGAAGUCCAGACAGCUCAUGCUCCAUUACGAAUUCCUUCAGAGGGUCAAGAGCCUGCCCCUGGAGUACAGCUAUGGAGAAUACCGAGAUCUCCUUCGUGACUUUGGGACCCAUUUCAUCACCGAAGCCGUGCUUGGGGGCAUCUACGAGUACACGCUUAUCAUGAACAAAGACGCCAUGGAGCGAGGAGAUUACACUCUGGACCAUGUUUCAGCCUGUGCCGGAGGAGGUUUCCAGAUUGGUGGUAACGUCUAUAAAGUCUACCUCAAAUUGGGUGUGUCCGAAAAGAAAUGCAGUGACAUUCUGAAUGAAAUCAAAGACAGAAAUAAGAGACGCACCAUGGUAGAAGACUUGGUAGUUCUUGUGCGAGGAGGGACAAGUGAGUACAUCACCUCCUUGGCAUACAAGGAUCUGCCAACAGCAGAGCUGAUGAAGGAAUGGGGCGAUGCUGUGCAGUACAACCCAGCCAUCAUCAAGCUCAAGGCUGAGCCCCUGUAUGAACUUGUGACAGCCACAGACUUUGCGUACUCCAGCACAGUGAAACAGAACAUGAAGAAGGCCCUAGAAGAAUUCCAGAUGGAGGUCAGCUCCUGCCGCUGUGCUCCGUGCAGGAACAAUGGAGUCCCCAUCCUGAAAGAAUCCCGCUGUGAGUGCAUCUGUCCUGCUGGCUUCCAAGGUGUAGCCUGUGAGGUCACCAAUCGGAAAGAUAUCCCCAUAGAUGGGAAGUGGAGUUGCUGGUCUGACUGGUCUCCAUGCUCUGGAGGACGCAAAACAAGACAAAGGCAGUGCAACAACCCGGCACCUCAGAGAGGAGGCAGCCCCUGCUCAGGUCCUGCUUCAGAAACACUCGACUGUUAAAGGGAGGGAACACAGCCGGCAGGUGAUCAGCAGGGCUCUAACCCUCUCACACUUAGCCAGGCUUUAGCACACCAGCUCCCACCCAGGGCUACCACAACAAAAAGCAAUGCCACUCUGCCCUUUAAAGGCUUUAGUUUCUUCAGUGCAUGUUAAUUCCAGUAAACAGUGGGUGGAGCAAAACCCUAAGUCCUUGCAUGGUGAAACUCCCUUUGCUCACUGCACUUUUGUUACCGUCCCAUGGUCCGGGAGCCAGAAACUUUCUUGGUCACCAUGGGUCACCAUGUAGUGACAAAGGCACAUAGUAGGUGUUGAAUUAUGAAGCAGUAAAUUGAUAAGAAGCUGUUCAUCCCUUGGUAAGCACAGAGUGUUCUUCAGUAAUAAAGACAGCCAAUCUCGAUAAAAAUGAUCUUCUGUGUGCCACCAAUCCAUCCCCCAUGACAACCUUGCAAGACAAAUAUCUGGGAAACAGGCUUGGGGGAUAUAAUGACUUGUCCCAGGUCAUACAAUUAGGAAAUGCCAGAAUUGUGCAGCCAACAAGGCUCUGGAUUCGAUGAGGCUCGUCUUUUUCUGAAUGAGCGUGCAGUUAGCAAAGAAUUGUUCAUGGAAUAAAACGCAACAGAAAGCC